AAAAUAAUUGUACAAAAUCAGAAUGAUCAUCCCAGUCCGUUGUUUCACUUGUGGAAAGGUCAUUGGCAACAAGUGGGAGGCCUACCUCGGGCUCCUACAAGCCGAGUACACUGAGGGUGAUGCCUUGGAUGCCCUCGGCCUGAAGAGGUAUUGCUGCCGCCGCAUGCUGCUCGGACACGUUGACCUGAUCGAGAAACUUCUCAAUUAUGCUCCACUAGAAAAAUAAAUUAAAUAUAAAGUAGGUUAAAAA